AUGAAGGUUCUGGAGGUUAUAGUAGUGCUGGUAGCCCUAGUACAAGUUUCUCAAAGUUUCCCCACCUUGUACUACAGGAGUUGGUUGAGAUUGUUAAGGGAAGGAGAUAGCUGUGGAAAAUGCAAUUUGGAACUUUGCUCCAAGCCUACACACUGUCCAGCCGGGACUGUAUUAGAUCAGUGUGGCUGCUGUCCUGAAUGUGGGAAUGUGGAAGGGCAGAUCUGUGACUUGGAUAAGGUCAAUCAUUUCUACGGACAGUGUGGGGAGAACAUGGAGUGCAGGCUGGAUGCCGACGAAACCAAGUUUGGGGAAAUCCCUGAACCACAAUGUGUCUGCAAAUCCCAGGAAAGUGUCUGUGGACCCGAAGGCAAGACCUAUGCGAACAUCUGCCAAUUCAAUGAGGCUUACUCUGAGAAGAGAAGAAAUAUCAACAUGAAGCACAAAGGACCAUGUGAAUCAGCUCCUGUUAUUUCUUUGCCACCUCAGGAUGCUCAGAACUUCACAGGUAAUGACAUAAUCUUUGGCUGUGAGGUGUCCGCCUAUCCUAUGCCACACCUUGAGUGGAAGAAAAAAGGGAAUAAAAUGUUUCUGCCAGGAGAUGAUGCCCACAUCUCAAUCCAGGCAAGAGGUGGGCCUAAGAAGUACGGUGUGACAGGGUGGCUGCAAAUUCAAGGCAUCAAGAAAUCGGACGAAGGCAUCUACAUCUGCCAAACAAAAAACAAGUAUGGCACUGCAUAUGCAUCUGCAAGACUGAAAGUCAUUGAUGGUUCAUCCUCUACAUUUCAGAUUUCUGCGGGCAGCAGAAUCACAAGCUACACUACAGAUUAUGGAGACAAUUAUGACCAUACUGAAGAGGAUGAGGAGGAAGAAUAUGAAUCUGGGGACUAUGAAAAUUGA